GAAUUCGAAAGGUGCCUUCGGACGAGGCCAGACAGACUUGGAAACAUGAACCCCGUCGCUUGUCUUCGUCUUCCAGCGAGCGCCGCCACUCCUCCCUCCCCAUCCCGCUGCCGAGCAGCGUCCCAGCCCCCUCGCUCCGUCUCUCGUCUUCCUCCUCGUGCGAGCUCCUCCACCGCAGCUUACACAACGAAGGUUUAUCGGAAUGCGAACAUAGCGAAGCUCCAAGCAGGCUAUCUGUUUCCAGAGAUUGCCAGGAGAAGAGCAGCUCAUCUGCUGAAGCACCCUGAUGCUAAAAUUAUAAGCCUGGGCAUUGGUGACACUACCGAGCCCAUUCCGGAGGUCAUAACAAAUGCCAUGGCAGAGAGAGCACAUGCUUUAUCUACGGUUGAUGGCUACAGUGGUUAUGGAGCUGAACAAGGUGAAAAGAAACUAAGGGAAGCAAUUGCUGCAACCUACUAUGGGGAUCAUGGUAUUGAAGAAACAGAUAUAUUUGUCUCUGAUGGUGCAAAAUGUGACAUUUCACGUCUCCAGGUUCUUUUUGGAUCUAAUGUGAAGAUUGCAGUCCAAGAUCCAUCAUAUCCCGCAUAUGUUGAUUCAAGUGUUAUCAUGGGGCAGACUGGCUUAUAUCAGCAGGAUGUUCAGAAGUAUGGAAAUAUUGAGUACAUGAGAUGCAGUCCUGAAAAUGGAUUCUUCCCUGAUCUGUCAAGUGUCCCACAGACAGAUAUAAUAUUCUUUUGUUCACCCAACAAUCCUACUGGUGCUGCUGCAUCUAGGGACCAGCUAACACAAUUAGUUAAAUUUGCAAAGGACAAUGGGUCCAUAAUAGUCUAUGAUUCUGCUUACGCCAUGUACAUAUCAGAUGACAGCCCAAAAUCCAUAUUUGAAAUUCCUGGAGCAAAGGAGGUUGCCAUUGAGACAGGAUCUUUUUCUAAAUAUGCUGGAUUCACUGGUGUCCGUCUGGGUUGGACAGUGGUCCCUAAGGAGCUACUUUUUUCUGAUGGUCACCCAGUUGCUAAAGAUUUCAACCGCAUAGUCUGUACCUCGUUCAAUGGCGCAUCAACCCUUUCUCAAGCCGGUGGUUUAGGCUGCCUCUCUCCAGAGGGUCUAAAGGCUAUGCAAGAUGUUGUCGGAUUCUACAAAGAGAAUACUGAUAUCAUCGUCGACACAUUUACAUCGCUUGGAUUCAACGUCUAUGGUGCCAAGAAUGCUCCUUAUGUGUGGGUGCACUUCCCUGGCCGUAAUUCUUGGGAUGUCUUUGCCGAGAUACUUGAGAAGGCACAUGUGGUUACCACUCCUGGCAGUGGAUUUGGACCUGGCGGCGAAGGCUUUGUGAGGAUUAGCGCAUUUGGUCACAGGGAAAACAUAAUUGAAGCUGCGAGAAGAUUGAAGCAGCUAUACAAGUGAGCAUCGAUUCAGCCUAUGUAUUCUCUCGCACUGGGUAUAGCCCAUACCAAUAAGAACCCAGCAGCAUUGGGAACACAAUUUGCUCCGCAAGCUACCGGGAAAUGUUAGAACAGAAGCUAGGGUGUCAUUUGCUACUCUAGGUUUGAGUAUGACAAUUUAAUCUGGAAAUUUGCUUCUAGAAUCUUUAAGGUGCUUGAAUGUUGAAUCAUACCUAUUUGACUUAAUUCUUCUCGUUUCUGCUGUCCUUGA